UGCCGAACAUAGCCGUCCAGAACUCUCUGCCAUUCUCUGCCAUGAUGCACGCACAGAGCACAAAGCCCGCAGCCGACAAGGCCGACAAGGCGGAGGCACACGACGACAUCUCUCAGCUCAGGUCGGUUCAGUCUGAGAGCUCUGAGGAAUGCUUUCGAAGACAGUGGGAACAAACCGAAGAAUUUACGACGCCGUUAGGGGAAGCGCCACCCUUCGAAUACAGUGAGGGCAAGUGGCUCAAGUCGGGCGCACUCACCGUUGAAGCCUCCGCACCGGAAUCGGAGGCAGCGGCUCACGACGGGAUGCGCCCUGGUCGCAAAACUUUGGCCCCCGCUGUGUUUUCGUGCAUGAGCAGCCCCAGCGCCGAGAUGGACACGUACGUCUCGUCGGACGAAGAGAGCAUCUCGGACUAUACGGAUGACACCUUCGUGAAGACUCCGCAGGGCUUCGUUCCAAAAGCUUUGGAUCAAGUUCGCCCUGAGCAGGAAAAGUGCGAUGUAUGUGAGGCUGUCGAAGAAAUCAGCAGUUUCCCGCCGAACGAUACAAGUAUCCCCCUGGGUACACACACGGGGGCGGUCGAGUGUGAUACCACGGUGGUAUGGGAGGAAACUGAGAACUUACCUUCCGGCAAGAACCAGCCUCCUAAGAAAUCUGUGCUGGUGGAUCACGAAGACAGUUCUCUGGUAGCUGCGAACGUUGACACCACUAGCGGAUUAAUAUUCCCCACGGGGAGACGUCCGACCAUAAAAGUAUUUGACGAUACAAGCGACAUCGAAGACAAUAGCAGUUCGCCUCCCACCAACGAAAACCUUCCAAGGGUUGAGGAGCCAGAUAAGGAAUCGGUGCCGACGUUCCACGAAGAUAAAUCGCCUAUUACCAUCAAUGUUGAUUCCGACAAAGAAAAUCGAUCGAUAAUAAAGGUCCCUGACGAUACAAUUUACAACGAUGAGAAGGGUGGUGGAUCGCUACCGCGCAGCAAAAGUGUCCUCAGUAUUAAGAUUCCGCAGCUGGAAUCCGUGCUGAUGAGCCACGAAGACAUCUCGCACGCUGUGUCCAAUGCUGACUCUACCAAGGAGAACAUUAUUCCCGCGAGACGCUCGACAAUGGCUUUUGGGAUCACCGCCAGCUUCCGAGGCCAGGAUGAUGGAUUACCUCAGAGCAAGGUACCGUCGACAGAAUCUCUACCGUUGAAGCCUGAAGAUAACGCGUUGGUCAUGGUACCCUCCACUGGAUUUCAGCACAGUGUGCUCCCCGUAGAAGGAUCUGGUACCACCACAAUGCCAGGGCUGGUGGCUCUCCGUCAGAAAGGUCUGGACAUUUUGCCAUCGGAGUCUGGUACUUUCCACGCUAAGCCGCAACCGGGAACAGGACUGAACAAAAAGAGAAAGGAACCGGACAAUGAGAACAUGAAAGCAGAAAACAAAACGGUGCUGUUAAACUCUGAAGCCGGUGUGCCGGUCGUAGCUCCGUCCACCGGCUUUCACUACAAAGUUGGCCGGGUUGAGCAGCCCCUUGCUGUCAAACCCGAUAGGCAAACUGUGGAAGAACCGAAGAAGUCAGAAACCUGGAUGGAGCCAAAACAAACAUGGAAAGAUCCUAAUUCCGCCUACGUCAAUUGCGGCGAGGGAGAAAGGCAUAGCAUAGUGUCACGAAAGCUCAGAACCAUCCCGAUGAGGCUCUUCAUGGCGAACCUCUUUGCGGCAUUCUUCCUCGUUGUACUCAUGCAUCACGGACUCUUAGCGUCCAUUAAAGAACAGCGCAAUCGAACCAUCCCCACAGAAGGUAUACAAGAACGUCCCAUAUGCCGUACUCUUCCAUGCCGAGCUGCAGGGACCAACUUAUUUUAUGCCCUCAACUUGACCGCCCGACCUUGCGACAGCAUCUAUGACGUUGUCUGCAAACCGUGGGUACACUCCAAUCCUGCCCAGUACCGCAGAACAGCACUUGGGUCCGAUUUGCUUGUCCUGGAGAACAUCAAUACUGACGCCCGAAGGGCGCUGCUAUCCCAUCACCAGUCGUCUUCGAAGACGGGCUUGGAUAAGCUCCAACGGUUGUACCUGCUCUGCAUCGACGAAGAGGAACGGGAUAGACGUGGCUUGGCAGAUUUCUGGAAGAGAAUGCGGCGGUACGGGCUAGAAGGUUGGCCUCAACGUGCUGACGGUGUCCUAGGUGGCGUGGCGCUGUUCGUACGGGAUACAGGCUCAGACGUCUUCUUUCGCCUGACCUCCACGUCAGAUGGGAACGACGUCGACGUCAUGACUGUUGAAUGCCCUGAACUGGGACUGCCCGCCAAGAGUUUCACGGAAGGCACCAAGGAUGUUGAUCUCUACCGCGCCUACAUCGUGAGCAUGCUGAGCGUGGUCACAAGUGCAAGCGUCCAGAAUAUAACGACAGAAAUCGUAACAUUUGAGACUCUCUUGGCACGCUUGAUUCUGGCACACUGCCACGAGAGUCCCUACGAAGAUGAAAUCGUCGAACAUACUACUUCCCUCUUCGAUAUGGCACGGUUCAUCUCGACGGCGGUUCCGCACUACAAGCAGGGGAGGAGAAUGAUAUUUCAGUCAUGGGAUUUCUUCGUCAACGUCGUCAAAGUCAUGAGUGAGAAACGUGUGGCGGCUACCCUGUAUUUUGGAUGGCGCGUCGCACUCCGGCUUUUGCCGUUCACAACGACCAGUAUAGCUACGCUACACCAACAGUUCCAGGCAACCAUGGGUUCCGAGUUCUCGACCACAUGGAAGCAAUGCUUGAAAGAAACCAACGAGGUUAUGCCUUUUGCGAUGGCCCGCCUGCUGUUAUCUGAGAACACGAAGAAAGCCGCCAGCUACCGAGGCUACCGUCUCCUGUCCCGCCUUGUACGCAGCUUGGACCGCCAGGUCUACAAAGACCGCUGGUUCGACGGCGAGACGCACACCACGUACACUAGCCUCAGGGCCAAGAUGACCACCAUGUUUGGCUAUCCUCCCACCCUUAUGAACGACGCCCACUUGGACGCCGCAUAUGAACCAGUGGAGGUGUCCAACUCUUAUCUCGAAGCGCAUCUAAGUGCUUCGACGGUUACUUUUCGAAACAAUUUCGACGCCAAUUUCACGUUCCGCUUCUACGGAAGAGAGCGAUACAUUUUUCCCAGCGACGUGCUGUCCGGGCGAAGGUCCGUGCGACCGCUAUACGACGUUCGAAGAAACUCUUUCAUCGUACCUUCUGGAAUGCUUCGUCCGCCUUACUACGACGACGACGCGACGAGCGCCCUCAAUUUCGGCGGUUUAGGAUUUCUCGUCGCGUACGAUGUACUACAGGGCUUGCUCUCUAAUCGUAGCGACACCUACUGGGGUCGCCUGGUCGCAAAGACCUCCAUACCUUCGCGUCGUGCUUGCCUCGAGAGCAGAAUCGCCAGGUACGCUUCGAAACUGCCCCGUAAGGACCUCGACCUUCUGGUCUUGGCUGCGAGGGUGGCCUUCGAGGCUUCGCAAGACGACGCCGAUGAUGACGAGACGUUGGGAGGGCUGGAAGACUUCAGCCCAGAACAGCUCUUCUUCGUGGCCGUGGCGAGGACACUCUGUACCGUGGCGAGGAACGCGCACUUCGCGAAAAUUGUGUUGCAGGGGGGGAUAGUUGGGGAACUGCAGCAGGUAGACGCGGCUCUGAUGUGGCUGCCAGAAUUCAGGGACUCCUUUAAUUGCACGCACUCUCGAUCGCCGCACCACGUGGGUCUUUCGACCGAUGGCUGUUGAAGUGUGCAAUAAAUAAUGUAUUGAUACGUA